CGCGACCCUGCCCGUGAGCAAUCUCCCAACUAAUCUCUGGUACAGAAUGCAAUCGUACGACGGAGUUGGUGAACGAUUUGAGCGAUCUCUCAAAUCAUCUCUGAAUAUCUGUUUCAAAUGUUUAAAUAAAUUAAUUGAUACUUGAUUAUACGAUAAACGCGAGUAUAACUAGCCAGUAAUUUCGGUUUGUUAACCUAAAAAAUGUUUAAAAUACUCCAAUGCAUUGAAAGGAAAUUUGUGAGGCGAAUAUUUACUAACGUUACAAGAAAUCUAAGAAAAGAACAUGAAGACUUUGAGGUUAUACAAAAAAGGAGGAUACGGACGACUUUGAAUUAUACCAUUGCAAUCGGAGUAGCCACUGUAGGCUUGAGCUAUGCAGCUGUACCGUUGUACAGGAUGUUUUGUCAGGCUUACAGCUAUGGUGGUACGGUCGGCCACGAUACUAGCAAAGUUGAAACGAUGAAGCCAGUUAGAAAUAGAAUCAUCACAGUUAGAUUUAAUGCAGAUACUGCCGCUUCCAUGCAAUGGAAUUUUAAACCGCAACAGAAUCGUAUUAAAGUCGUUCCUGGUGAAACUGCACUGGCUUUUUAUACAGCGACGAAUCCAACCAAUGAACCGAUUAUUGGUAUUUCUACAUAUAAUGUAGUACCCUUUGAAGUUGGACAAUACUUUAACAAGGUUCAAUGUUUUUGUUUUGAAGAACAACGACUGAAUCCUCAUGAACAAGUUGACAUGCCUGUAUUUUUCUACAUUGAUCCUGAAUUUGCCGAAGAUCCAAAGAUGGAGUUGAUUAAUGAUAUCUAUCUAUCCUAUACAUUCUUUGAAGCAAGACCAGGUCUGAAAUUGCCUAUACCAAGUUACAUGAAAAGUCAUAAGUAGAAUAAAUGUUAAAUUUUACUAGUCCUAUUGUACAAAUUAAUUAUCAUUAAACAAUUUGUAUUGAGCUACGAAA